AUCUUGAAAAUCUGGACAUCAAGAUCAAACUUCACAGAACACCAGUAACUUUUUCGGAUAAGAUCGCAUUUGCAGUAGUCAAGUUGUUGAGAGUUCCUACCGACCUAUUCUUCAAAAAGAGAUACAUUCAUCGUGCUGUCAUGUUGGAGACGAUUGCGGCGGUCCCCGGAAUGGUCGGUGGUACUAUUCGUCAUCUCCAAUCUCUCAGGAAGCUGAAGCACGACGGUGGUUGGAUUUCUCAUUUGCUUCAUGAGGCCGAGAAUGAACGUAUGCAUCUGAUGACGUGGAUGCGUAUUUCCAAACCUAACGCGUGGGAACGUGCCCUGAUCACCACAGUUCAGGGAGUCUUCUAUAAUGCAUUUUUUGCUUUAUAUUUAAUUAAUCCAAAAAUUGCUCAUCGUGUCGUAGGCUAUCUGGAGGAAGAAGCCAUUAUCAGUUAUACGUCAUUUAUCAAAGAGAUCGACGCAGGAAAUAUUCAAAAUACUCGAGAUGUUCCCGACAUAGCAAUUGAUUAUUGGCGUUUAGAUCGAGAAACUGUGACCUUACGCGAUGUGGUAUUAGCAAUCAGAGCUGACGAAGCCGCUCAUCGCGACACCAACCAUCAUUUUGCCGAUCGUAUUGUGCUCGGUCGCGAAGACUUGAGGGAAGACAUUAAACGUGUGGUCGAAGAAGAGUCACGUCGCGAAGGCGGUGGUAAGACUAGGAAAGUUGCUGGAAUAAAUGAAAAUGCAGGUGAAGCUUGGAAAUGGUAA